AUGGCUCAGAACUCUAGCUCGAACGUAGUACCCGCGCUACCGCAGGGAGCGGGAUACGGGAUCUGUAUCGGGUUCGGAGUGCUGUUCGGCGUUACGAUGUACGCUACCACCAGGAUCCUGGCGAAGUUCAUGAACGAGGUGCAGGGUUCGGAGAUGUUUAUGACCGCGAAACGGAGCAUCAAUACCGGGCUGAUUGCGAGUGCCGUGGUCUCUUCGUGGACUGUGGCAGCAACCCUUUUGACGUCGACAACUUGGACAUAUUCUUAUGGCGCCUCCGGCGCUUACUACUGUGAGUCCACCACAACUUAUUAUAUGAGAAGCUUAGCUUACCAGGCGUCGCACUACGAUAUAGACGGUGCUGGUGCAUGUGUACAGAUAUUAUUAUUCUCGGUCGCUGCAAUAGAGCUCAAGCGGAAAGCGCCUGGCGCUCAUACAUUCUUGGAAGCUACACAAGUCCGCUAUGGUGUCGCCGGACAUUGGAUUCAAAUAUUCUACUCGACAUUAUACCAGAUAUUCAACUGCGUCAAUCUACUCGUAGGAGGAUCCGCUGUCUUUACCGCGUUGACCGGCAUGGACGUCAUUGCUGGAUGUUUUCUCCUACCGCUGGGAGUCGUAAUUUAUACAUUAACAGGCGGAAUUAAGGCCACCUUCCUAGCUGACUACACUCACACUAUAAUCAUAUAUUUCAUAGUCCUGGCUGCAUUGUUUACCGCCUAUUCGCGGUCCGAUCUUAUCGGCUCUCCCGAUAAAAUGUACGAUCUGCUACGACAAGCCGCGCAGUCGGCGCCUGUGGCGGGCAACGCUCAGGGGGAGUACCUCACCAUGCAGUCCUUGGACGGUAUUAUGCUGGGCAUAGUCAUAUUCGCUACAGGCUGGGCCGCCGCUGUCGACGUCCAACUCUUCCAGAAGGCAAUCGCAGCUGAUCCUGCGAAGACGAUGGGUGGCUAUCUCCUCGGUGGACUCUGCUGGUUUGCGAUCCCAUUCUGUCUUGCAACGACAUUCGGUCUAGUCGCUCGGGCGCUCCAAUCCUCUCCUUCGUUCCCCACCUAUCCCAAUCCCAUGUCCACCGCUGAAAUUAAUGCGGGUCUCGCGCUUCCAUACGCUGCCCAGGCGCUUAUGGGGAAAGGCGGAGCUGUUGCGGUGCUGCUCAUGGUGUUCAUGGCUGUCACUUCGGCGUUCUCGAGCGACCUGGUAUGCGUGGCGAGUGUUAUGACAUACGACGUGUACAGAGGGUAUAUCAACCCGAAGGCCACGGGCGGGAUGCUGUUGAAACUCAGUCACUUUGUCGUGAUCGGAUUUACGAUCAUAUGCUCGUGCAUCGCUACUGGACUCAGUCAGACUGCGGUCGGAGUGAACUUCAUAGUGACGUCCAUAGGCAUCAUCUGCGCACCUGCGGUGUUCCCGAUUGCUUGCACUAUCUUGUGGAGGAAGCAGAAUACUGUCGCGGUUGUCGGCGCGCCCAUACUUGGAACAGCAACUGGGAUUGCAUGCUGGCUGGGGUCGACGUACCAUUGGUACGGGGAGUUGAGCGUCGAUAACCUCGGAUCAACCCGCCCCCUGCUCGUUGGCAACGUGGUCGCUCUGCUGUGCCCGAUCUUAUACUCCCCUGCCCUUACCUACGCGUUUGGACCUCAAAAUUUUGACUGGUCCCAAUUCAAGGAGAAGAUCCACGUCGUAGAUGAUAGCGACGUGCAGGGUAUGACCAAGGAACAACUGGCGCAGCAGCGAGAGGAAGACGUAUUAUCGCCUGAAAACAACGCGCGGAUGAAGCACGCAAGGCGGGUCGCCACUUGGAUGUCCAUCGCCGUCGCUCUAUGCUUCAUCAUUGUCUUCCCUAUGCCGAUGUACGGGACGCGUUACGUCUUCUCGCGGAGGUUCUUCCGCUUCUGGGUUGUCUGGACCUUCGCUUGGGCAUGGGUUGCUUGCCUGAUCAUCUUGUUCCUGCCGAUAUGGCAGGGUAGGCGCUCCCUGGCCCUGCUUUCGAGGAAGCUUCUGCGAGUCAAGGCAGAGGAUGAUGGAUCUCAACCUGAAUCCGAAGUUGGUGUCGAAGAGGUAAUCGUACCGGAUUCGGCCUCUAUAGAGAAGAAGGCAUGA